AGGAGCACAGGGGGAGGAGGAGGAGGAGGGAGGAGGAGAGGGAAGGAGGGGAAAGAGGAGAAGACAAAAGAUUCAUAAAACUAAAGCAGUUGUGGACGACAGCAAAAGUUCUCGUAAAGCUUACCUCUUACAAGUUGAAGGAAUGGGCAGCCUUCCAGUGGUCCUGCUCCUCUGCAGUUUCCACGCGCUCACAGCUGUAGCCCAAGUCCAGCAGGCUGAAAGCACUGAGGCACCUGGAGGCACCUUGCCAGCCAACUGCAGGGAGGAGAUGUAUCCUUGCACCAGGAUGUACUCGGUUCACCGGCCCAUCAGGAAAUGCAUUGGCACUGUUUGUCUCUACAGCCUUCCCCGCGUCUAUGUGAUCAACAAAGAGAUCUGUAUGAGGACAGUGUGCCAACAGGAUGAGUACCUGAAAGCCGAACUGUGCAGAGAACUGUCUGGGUGGCCCAGGCGUAUUGAGAGGUCAUCUAAUAAGAAACGCUGUCACAAUCGCCGUAGCAACCCCAAAACCUUGGCAAACAACGCCUGAUUGGAUGGUGACGUGACCACCAGUGAGGAUAGAGCCCCUUAGAGACCGAAACCAGGAGCGUCGCAAUAAAAACAGCCCAUAACAUCGUAAAUCCACCACUGAAAACACUUUCUUUCUCUUUCACACAUACGCACAAGUGUGCUGAGUCAUAUCUACGUUUAUGUAUUAGUCUUUCAUGUGUGAAUACAGAAGCUGUGCUCAUUUCAUUUGUGUGUUUUUGGAAACAGAUCAUGUCUUCCACGGUUUACGACACAUUUAUGGUACUGUAGUCAUAAGCCUAUAGCAGCACUGAGUCAUUUCAUUGUACAAAGUAAAACUCACUCUUUUUUGGAUUGUAUGGUACCUAUUGACAAUCCAGUAUUAUGUGCACUAUUGUAUCCAAAAAAUAAAACUACAUAUUUUCAUGA